CCAAAACAAACCUUUUUUUUGUUGGCCAUAAAAAAACAACAAUCAGAUGAGAUGUAAUCAAUAGCAUAGUUUAGUUUACAACUAAGUAAUUGUUGUGAAUAUUGAAACCAUUUUGCCCAGAGUACUGUGAGCUGUUCCUCAUCCGCCAGCCAUGAUGGCGUUAGAGAGAAAGGAAAACAUUCCGAAUGUCGCGGAUAUAGGUUCGACCUUUGGAGCCCAAUGCGAUGUAUGCCUUCGGGAAGAAAAAACUUGCUUCGCCACAUCGGACUCGAUAUUCGACGGAAAGAAUGUAUUGGCCAUUGUUACGCAGCAUCUAGAUGUAAAAAUCAGCCUGACGUACAUUUGUGAGCGUUGUUGGAGCAGGCUGAAAGAGUUCGAUGAGUUCUACCGCAUGGUAAACGAGCAGCACCGGUUCAACCCUAGCAGUAAACGUGAGGACAACACGGAUGCUCCCGACCAUGCGAAAGAUCCCGUAGAUCCGGAACCGAGUGGUGUGUUUGGGAUGGAAUUUGUAGAAAUAAAGUACGUCCCAUUCGUGGAGGAUGAUCGAGAGUUAGCGCUGGUGAAAGAGGAAAAGGAACCACUUCCGGACGAUGACUGUGGCAAGCUAUCGCCCAAGCCUGAAUCCAUGGUGGGGGACAAUGAUGAGGAGGCGAAUCCCAUGCACGAUGACACGGAUUCCGUCUUAUCGGACGACAGUGACGAGUCGUACAGAGCGCAACCGGCCAGCACCAAACGCACCGCUAAGCAGCCGUCGACAGUCGACAGAAGGGAGCCGAAAGUGGACACCGAGAUACUGGACUUCUACAAACGGCUCGUGUGUGCGGUGUGCGAUGCGGAACGCAUGUUGGCCGGCGAACCGUCGAUCGAGUACGGUAAUUUGCGGGAGCUAAACAAGCACAUGCGGAGGGCGCACGAUCAGGUGGUGGCCACCCUAAUCAAAUGUCCGCUGUGUGACAAGAAGCUGCGGUACCGGGGGAAGAUGCUCGAGCAUCGAGACAUGCAUUUGCAUCCGGAUCGGUUCCGGUGUGUGGAGUGUCACGAGAUACACCAGAACAUGGCGGAGCACAUGAAAAACAAGCACCAGGAGCGAACGUACUGCUGUGAAGAGUGUGGUAAGCGGUUCCCGUUCAAGGCGCGGCUUACGGCACACGUGAAGAAGAUGCACACCACGAAGGAUGUCGUGUGCGACCAGUGUCAGAAAAGUUUCAGCAAAUACACCAUAGAGGAUCACAGGCGGGCGGUGCACGAGUCAAAGUUUAUCUGCGAACACUGUCCGCGCACGUUCAAGUCGCGCUUUUCACUCGAGCAGCACAUGGAGGAACACGCCGGUGGGCUGCGCAAAUCGACGGCCGCUACCUGUGACAAGUGUGGCGUGGUGCUGCGGGACAAGUACACGCUCCAAUCGCACAUCAAGCGGAUGCACACGGAACAUGCGCCCGUGAGCUGCGUAUCGUGCGGGAAGGUGUUCAAAUCGAAGCAGCACCUUAACUCGCACCUGGCGAACGUCUGCACGGAGCGCACGUUCCCGUGUCCGAUCUGUGAGAAGCAGUUUAAGAAGAAGAUUAAGCUGAAGGAACACAUGACUACACACACGAAGAGUGCGCUGUACCAGUGCCCGUACUGUACGAAAACGUUCAGCUUCGAGACGCAGCUGUACAAGCACCGGAAGCAGGCUCACUACGAGCAGUGGCUGGAGAUGCAGCAGAAGCGCAAGGAGGGCGUGCGAUUUAAGGUUAAUUGGGUCUCGGACAUGCCCGCCAUCUGAGCAGACGAUCGAUCGAAGAUUAAUCGUUAAAUAAAAUAUAACGUAGCGGCUGUUCUGUGCAUUUUACGAAC